AUGCAACAAACCGCCGCCCGAGUCCUUUGCAAAGCAUUGAAUCGCCUGACCAAGUCUUACCUGGAAGUCCUUUGUCGCGAGCGGGAUCUGUCUCGUCGACUGGAAGAGCCCGCGCUGCCUGUUGAGACCAGUCCCCAACGCCCGAUCUCAGGGACUCCCACUGGGGACUCGCUUGUGGCGGCUUUCUCAAUGCGAAAUGUGUUACCGCGCAGCUUGUCGUUGUUGCCUGGUUACGAUGCCGAGUCCUAUCAGCUUCUUAGUCAUUAUUUGGCUACGACGGCCGACUGUAUGGCGAAUGGUUCAACGCCUGUAAAUCCAUUUCUUGUACAGAUUGUUCCGCUGGCAUUUUCUAGUGAUUUGCUGUUGCAGUUGGUUAUUACGCAAAGUGCCGCUCACCGCGCGUUUCGAUCGCGAGAUGAGUCCGACACUAUUGCCCACAGUCACUAUACCAAGGCUUUACAACAUUUCCGUCGGGGAGUUACGGAUUUCAUUGAUGGAAAAGAAUCUAAUCCAUUAAUGCUUCUAGUGGGAGCGCUUCUGAUGUGUUUUACUGAGACAGCAAAAGGAGACAUGAACGGGACGAUAUUUGACCAUCUAUCCGCGGCAAAUUCAUUACUGGUCAAACUACUUGCACAGAGUGACUCUGCCGUUCCGCGAGAUUUGAAAGAUUUCGUCAUCGAAUAUUACACCUACACUGCGACCGUGAGCAUGAUCUCAAUCGAUGCACGGUUUAGUGGCCAACUCUUCCUGAACCUCGAUCUGGAAGAACGGUCGCGAGAACUACUGCGCACCCAAUACGUGGGCAAUCUAUGCGGCUGCUGGCUGGAACUUUUGCUGCUGAUCCCAUGCAUUUUCGAUCUCGGCCGACAGUGGAUCAUGGAUGAUGCACAAACUCCCGUUCCUACAGCUGAUGAUUUCGCGAUGUUCGCCUCUAUCCAAGCUCAGGUUUUGCGCUGGUCGCCUUAUCCUUCUGUCGGGCCGGAGGUCCAUGUCGCUGGCUUGAUUUUCCAACAGGCUAUUCUCAUCUAUUUAUACACCUCCCUUGAGGGAUUCCGACAUACGCCUGAUGGAAUCUACAGAGGGUUGCUUGAAAAUGCAGUCACAGAGGCCAUGUCAUACCUGAGUGAGCUAUCACCCAACGAGCGCAUCAACUCGGGCCUUUGUUGGCCCAUCGCUGUAGUAGGUUCGUGUCUCGUCGCUCCGGACCAGCAAGCCCAACUUAGAGCGCGGUUAACCGCCAUGACCGAAUGCUUCGGGCUUGGAAAUAUGCAUCGCACGUUACUUCUUCUCGAGGCUAUGUGGCUGCUGCCCAUGUCCGAAGCCGGGCCAUGGAAUAUUUGUCGGGCAAUGCAGCAAAACCAGAUUUGGAUUUCAUUCGCAUGA